AUGGUUAAUACGGGGAAACCAUCUGGAGGCUGCAAGCUGUGCAGAGCUAGGAGGAUCAAGUGUGACGAGGCCAAGCCAUUUUGCAUGAGAUGCAAGAAAUCCAGACGCCAGUGCCCGGGCUACCGCGAUCCUUUUGAAGCCAACAUCCGCGACGAGACCGAGGCUACGAUUAAGAGAUUUAAGAAGGCACGUGGCGAAGAUAGUUCCGAGGACGAAAGCAGAGGCAUAUCGCCGGUUUGCAACAAGCAGUGCUUGACAUCAGUAGCCGGCCCCAAGUACAAAACUUUUGACUACUCGAAUCCCGCUGCCUUAUCCUUCCGCAAGGACGAUGACUCUACCGAGGAAGACGAAGGCAUUCCGGCAUCCCUUUUCGACUCCCUGGGUGAGCAGGCUUCCUGCUACUUCCUGUCCGAGUUCAUCAUUGUUCCGGUCACGCCUACAGCCAGAGGCUACUACCGCUUCCUACCGAGGUUCUUGAGCCGGCCGAAUGUUUCCAAGUGCCUCUCACAAGCCUACAAGGCCGUCUCGCUGGCUGCACUGGCGGCUCGCCGUAGCGUCAACGCGAACUCUGCUCUGUUUCAUGCGCAAAACCACUACAUGAGGGCUGUACGUGCGGUCAACAAGGCCAUCAUGGAUCCGGAGGAGGUGAAGAACGACCAGACACUUGGUGCGGUGCUGAUGCUGGCCUUUUACGAAAUCCUCACCUCGUCCCGCGACUCCAUUGCAGAGUAUACGAACCACAUGAAGGGCGCAGCCAUCAUUGUCAAGCUCAGAGGGCAAAAGGGGCUUGAGACCCCCGAGGGCGAAGAGAUGUUUGCCAUCACCAGAAACCAGUGCCUUUCCAUCCACUGCCUUCCCAACUCCCCCGAGGUAGCCGAGUUCACCUGGCUUCUACACCACGAAUGCCGCGGGCGCAUGCAACACGCCAUCGCCAGCAUGGAUAUCCAGAGCAGCCAGAUCAGACAGGAUGUCGACCGCAUCCUCGGCGCCGGAGACCGCAAGCCAGAGACGAUUCAAAAGGUGCUCGAUGCCCUCAAGCGAGCCCAGAGUCUCGAGGCCAAGUUCCGCAAGCUCAACAACGACCCCAGCCCGCAAUGGAAGGUCGACACGGUGGACUGGGUGAAGGACCGGUCCGACGAGGAGCUCGACUUUGCGCCAACCUUUACGGGGCCAGUCUACGGUUUCUUCAACCUGCCGCUCGCGAUCCUCCACGUCGCCACGUGGUGCUGCCAUCUCAUGCUGACGACGACGAUCCUGCGAUGCAUGGCCUGGCUCGUGUCUUCCGACGACUACCGCAUGGGAGAAGAGUACGAAGAGCUCAAGAAUUCGGCGAUCCUGCGCAUCGAAGACACCAUCGCCUCCGCGCCCUUCUUCUGCAAGUGGAACGGCUACGGCGUCGUGGUGGCACAGUUCCCCUGCGGGGACACCAAGCCGGACGACCCCUUGAAGGGCGCCGCCGGCAUGAUGAUUCUGUGGCCCCUGGUCACGGCCUACACGAGCGACUUUGCCACCCCGAGACAGAAACGUUUCCUGAGGGGCCGUCUCAAGCACCUUGCCGAUAUUGCUGGUAUAAAGCAGGCCAACGUUUUCCUCAACAUGCCCAUGGAACAUGUAUCCUCUCCUUCGAAGGAGAUUGAGCGCGACUGCAAGCGGAGCGUUUACUCUCCCACGGACGGACUAGAGAAGUUACGAUCACUCCCGUUUUAA